UGCAGACGAUACCAGGGGCGUUCUGGUAAAACCUCAAGCUACCUAGAUGCUCGAUCGGAGGAGGAUGAUGUAAACAGACAUCCAUAUAUAGUAUACUACACGCAGCACCUAACUAAGCUACGCUAAGCCAAAGCACGCGAGCAAACAAGAUAGGGAGGGAGAGACGACAUACACCUCGAUCUCUACUUGGUCUCGAUCUUCCAUGGACGAGCAAGGGACGGAGAGGGGGCUCCAGCUGCUGCUCCCCGCAGCGGCUGCUCGAGUCCUCGGCGACGUGCCCGCCAGCGCCGCUGGCGGAGACCACCACCAGCAGCUCGACCUGGACCUGUCCAUGAGCAUUGGGCCGAGGCAGCAGCAGCUGCAGAUGCCACGGCCGGCGCCGCCGACGCCACCGGCGAACGAGACCAGGAGAGCCUCCACGGCCACGGUGGCGGCCAGCGCCGCGAGGCAGCUCCAGCAGCAGCAGCAGGUGGCGGUGGACGUGCGCGCCGUGAAGCAGCAGACGGCGGAGCAGGCGCGGAUGGCGUCGGCGGAGCGCGCCUACGCGGAGCGCGUCCGCGAGCUUGCCAAGCGGGAGCUGGAGCUAGCCGAGAGGGAGUUCGCGCGCGCCAGGAUGAUCUGGGAGCGAGCGCGGGAGGAGGUGGAGCGGGUGGAGCGGAUGAAGCAGAUCGCCGCCAGGCGGCUGGGAUCAGCCGCGUCGGUCGCCGCGCUCGAGAUCACCUGCCAUGCCUGCAUGCAGCGCUUCCACCCUUAAUUAGGUCGGCGGACUACAACGACAUGGCCGGCAAUCUAUGCCCGCAGGUCGCCACUGCUAGCUGUAACUCUCCCUCCCUCUCUUUUUCUUGUCCCUCCUUUCAUAGUUUCAUGUGAGUGCCAAGCCAACAGACUGCCAUUGUCACGUUCACUUUGAGACGAUAAGCAUCUGGUUGAUGCAUGCAUCAAGGAAACUCUUGUUUCUCUCUUCAA